GAAUGCCUCUCUAUCCAUGUCGGUCAAGCUGGUGUCCAAAUGGGCAAUGCCUGCUGGGAGCUGUACUGUCUGGAGCACGGCAUCCAGCCGGACGGUCAGAUGCCCAGCGACAAGACCAUCGGAGGUGGAGAAGACUCCUUUAAUACCUUCUUCAGUGAGACUGGAGCUGGCAAACAUGUUCCCAGAGCCGUCUUUGUGGAUUUAGAGCCAACAGUCAUUGGUGAGAUUUUAUUUUCUGAUGCUAAUUCAGUCUUGGGCUGUAUUUGGGAACCAUUGAUUUUAUUGUUAAUCCCGAUUGCAGAUGAGGUUCGCACAGGAACCUACCGCCAGCUCUUUCACCCUGAGCAGCUGAUCACUGGAAAGGAAGAUGCCGCCAACAACUACGCCAGAGGUCACUACACCAUUGGCAAGGAGAUAAUUGACCUGGUUCUUGACAGGACCCGUAAACUGGCUGACCAGUGCACAGGGCUCCAGGGUUUCCUCAUCUUCCACUCCUUCGGAGGAGGUACCGGCUCCGGCUUCACCUCCCUGCUGAUGGAGCGUCUCUCUGUUGACUACGGCAAGAAGUCCAAGCUGGAGUUUGCAGUUUACCCAGCUCCCCAGGUGUCCACAGCAGUGGUGGAGCCCUACAACUCCAUCCUGACCACCCACACCACUCUGGAGCACUCUGACUGCGCCUUCAUGGUUGACAACGAGGCCAUUUACGACAUCUGCCGCAGAAACCUAGACAUUGAACGUCCCACCUACACCAAUCUCAACAGGCUGAUUGGACAAAUUGUCUCCUCCAUCACUGCCUCCCUGCGCUUUGACGGAGCCUUGAAUGUGGACCUGACAGAAUUCCAGACCAACCUGGUGCCCUACCCUCGUAUCCACUUCCCUCUGGUAACCUACGCCCCCGUCAUCUCAGCAGAGAAGGCCUAUCAUGAGCAGCUGUCUGUAGCAGAAAUAACCAAUGCCUGCUUCGAACCAGCCAAUCAGAUGGUUAAAUGUGAUCCUCGCCAUGGCAAGUACAUGGCCUGCUGCCUGCUGUACCGUGGUGAUGUGGUGCCAAAAGAGGUCAAUUCUGCCAUCGCUACCAUCAAAACAAAGCGCACCAUCCAGUUUGUGGACUGGUGUCCCACAGGAUUCAAGGUGGGCAUCAACUACCAGCCUCCCACUGUGGUUCCUGGAGGAGACCUGGCCAAGGUACAGAGGGCUGUGUGCAUGCUGAGUAAUACCACUGCUGUUGCUGAGGCCUGGGCUCGACUCGACCACAAGUUUGACCUGAUGUACGCCAAGAGGGCCUUUGUCCACUGGUAUGUAGGAGAGGGCAUGGAGGAGGGAGAGUUCUCAGAGGCCAGAGAAGACAUGGCUGCCCUGGAGAAGGAUUAUGAAGAGGUGGGAACUGACAGCAUCGGGGAUGAAGGCGAGGAAGAGUACUGA